AUGACGCUUUUGCUUGGCAAAAGAUCCCCUCAGGCCUCGCUGCCCCGAACUGCCACCGCCACGACGGUUACUACGGGAACAAUCGCUCUUGCUCCCGACAGCGCCCGCGGUUUACGGUAUCCAAAGGGGGCUCCCCCGUCUUGCGACAAGGAGCAGGCCUCUGCAUGCAUGGUGGGAUCCGGUCAGGUGAGGAGGUACUUGGCCUCCAAGUACCUCUCUGGGGCCGGCCCCGUCCCGCCUGUCAGACAGUCAGCCACCGCAGAGUCGCUCGCAGAAACAAUCCGUCCCUUUGCCGCCCACUCACACAAAAUCUGCAUCGCGUGGACCGACAGGCAAGCAACCCGCCUUCCUGUUCUCGCGGCCUGCAUCUUUCCCGAUCGGCGUAUUUACGACAAGGCUGCAUUCAAAUGCGACAAAGAGAUCUCGAUGACGAUGUAA